AAAACGUUCACAUCAAUGUGCGCAAGCUCCCCAUAUUCUGCUGUCUGCACGUCCAUUGCUAUUUCUAACAGCAUAACCUGUACUAUAUGACGAUAUUGACUCAGAUAUGAGCAAACAAAAGAGCCCAAAAAAGUGAACCAACACGCAGGCACUGAAAACGCAGCCGCGUUGCCGACACCCAGCCGGAUCUGAUCUGCUGACGUGUCGCCUCCCCAAGUGCUCCUGCGCUCCGACUAAAGCUGCCAGCAUGGCAGCCAAACAGUUUUACCGAAAAGGCUUUUUAUUACUUUUAUUUAAUUUUAUCUCAACCGCCGCCUUGGAGAAGCGAUUCUCCGAUUUUAAGAGAUGCGCCGACGAGGAGUGCAGCAUGCUCCUGUGUCGUGGAAAAGCAGUGGAGGAUUUCUCAGGACCAGAUUGUCGAUUCUUGUCGUUCAAGAAAUCAGAAACUAUCUAUGUAUAUUACAAAUUGUCUGGAAGAAGGGCUGACAUCUGGGCAGGGAGCGUUGGAAGUCAUUUUGGUUAUUUCCCAAUGGACCUCCUGGCUGUCAAUCAUGUUUAUACAGAUAAAGAAGUUGAAGUUCCAACACAGGAAACAGAUUUUGUCUGUUUUGACACAGGACUUGAUCAAUUUGACAACUACGAGAUCGAUUCGUUGUUGGGUUUUUCAGCUGAAGAGAUUAGUAAUGAAAAGAAAAGGAAUUCAGACCAAGCCGAAGUGCCCGAGGACACGGUGGAAGACACACGGGCACCAGAUGUGGAGACGGAGACUGAUCAUGAAAUAGGAGCUGAGGAUAUUGGCAUGGCCCUCGAUGAUCAAAGUGCCUCUUUUCUUCAACUUGAUUCGGAAUAUGAAUCUCAAGAAGUGCCUGACACGGAGGUUGCACAUGAUGGCAGUGAUGAUGAUAGCCAAGACAAAUCGAAUGAGGAAAUAACCACCACGGGCACUUUUCUUGAAGACGCGGAGUUUGAGAAGCAUAAGACCAAAGAUGUUCACAAAGAACAUGAGGAAGAAUCACUAGCAAAAGAUGAUCUUUUGUCAGAACGGAUUACAGUCUCAACUUCUCAAGGAGAGAAAGUGUCUCAUUUAAAAACUACCUUUGGGUCAACUUUUGAUGCUGUCGCCACAGAUGAUGAAGCUACCACUAAAGUCACUCCAUAUGAACAGGAGGAGAAUGAAGAAUUUGAAGAUCAUCCAGAACAACAUGGUGAUCCUGACGAGACAAGUCCAACUCCAACUCCAUUGGUGUCCUUUUCAGAGGAAGAAACUGACACCUCUACGGUUGCACAAGAGGACAACUCAAAACCUGAUGAUGAGGUCGUACCAAUGUCGACUGAUGACGGUUUUGCUGAUGUGAGUGAUACACAGUGGACUAAGCAGGAAAUAAGUUCAGAAGAAGAUCAGGAGGAAGAGCAAAGGUCAAAAGUAUCUUUGGGUUAUGAGGAACCACAAGAAGACAUGCCACCAGAGAAUGUCGAUCCAGUCCUUGGCGAUUCACCACAUUCAGAAUUUGUACAUCGUAAAGAAUAUGAAGACCCGGAGAACAGAGAUCCAUUCCAUACAGGGGGACUCAAUUCUCUUUCUGAGCAUCCCAGAGAUUCCACAGUGCUAGAGAACCCAGAGCCAAUCCCUACAGAUUCACCAGAUUCUCUUGAUGUAGAUCCUAGCGAAAUAGAGGCUGAGAAACUCCUGUUUGAUCAUGAGGAUGACGGAGGUGGCCGAACAGUCAAGCAUGAGGGCACUCAAGGUAAAACGCCACAAAUGACAGAUGAGCCACCACAUCGAGGGGAGAGUACAUUUGUACAUCUAUCCAACGAGGUACCUCAGGCACAAUUGCAUAAAAACUUAACGGACAAGGAGCUCCCCAAAGAAGUCAGUGUCGCUAAAGAAGACAGACAUGACAGCAGAGUUGUACGAGAGGAUAAGAACGACUUGGAAGAAGCUUUAGGUGAAAAUAAAAUUGUAAUACAUGAAGAAAUAAUCGCUCCUGAAACAAACGGUGAUGUUCCUUCAAGGGAGACAGAAUCCUUUGAUUCAUUUAGGAAGCCUGGUGAUAAAGCAGCAGGAGAUGAUGGCGUCCUACUCCAUGAGCAUCUACGCACUAAGUUUGAAAGUAGUCAUCAACAUGUUGAAGCACACGUUGAGGAAUCACUCCAUGUGGAUACAGAAAACACAGAGAUAGAUAAAGAAGAGUAUGAGGGAAGAAAUCUACUUGAAGAUGAAAAUGCCCUUUCACAGUCAAAAGAUGUUGACGCUGUCAACUCCUUGUCAGAUCCAAGUCCGUAUGUUACCGCAAUUCCUGAGCCGGUCUACAGCGAUAGUGUGCUGAGGCUGACUCUGCUGCAGGGUUAUUACACUGAAGAGAAGAUGCUCCGUUUCCAGAAGUUUCUGGGCCUCAAGAAUCUCUACAAAGUCGAGUCUAUGUUCUCGGAUAUGGACACUGAGUUGCAGGCUACCCGUCACACACAUUCGGGGACUGUCCAAGACCUCGAGGAUGCGCUGGAGAACAUCUUGGAAACCUGGGAAAACGGCAUCUUGGAUGAAGUUGAGAAGAUUCUGGAUAGCCGGCACUCAUCGUAUGACGAUGAACAGCGAAUGGAAAUGAUAGAUGACGAAACGGAAAUACUGGAUGAUUUCCAAGAGCUGGCAUUUAGUCUAAGGCAGAAGUAUUCUGCAGUAAAGGAUAGCACACCUUUGGCAGAAGAGAAAACCGAAGUUAAUCAUGACCUGGUCAUUGCGGACCAACCUGACGUCAGUGCCAAAGAGAGUUUGCCUCACAUCAUCGAAGACGAGAAGAAACCUGACGAUUUGCCGCACAUCAUCGAAGACGAGAAGAAACGUGACGAUUUGCCCCACAUCAUCGAAGACGAGAAGAAACGUGACGAUUUGCCUCACAUCGUUGGAGUCGAGAAGGAGGCUGACGUUCCAGACACGAGUGAUGACAACCGUACAGUAACCGAACUUUUAAAACAGGUGGAAGAAAUUGAAAAGGAAGUGCAGAUCUUGGACGAAGGGCUUACUGGACCAGAUGUUGAAGAAGCUGGCGAACUCUUCACUAAAAACAAAGAAAAUCAUCCGAGUUCCAGCGCCCCAGACGAGUUGCAAACGUUUCCUCGAGCCACUUUGGAAAGUCCGGUUGACAAGGGGCUUGGCGAUGUGGACCACGUAUCCUCAGGCUCUUUGGACUCUGUGGAGCCGGUCUCUGAAUUUCAUGAGGAGGAAGUGGGAUUAUUCUCGGAUGUGUUCACUUUUAUGAGUUCUGCUGCCGCAAUGAUCAAGGCUCGAGUUGCAGAGUGGACCGUUCUUAUGAUUUCAUUACUGCCAGAAGAGUGGAAGCCUGGGGAAACCUUGUUUGGCUGUCCUUGGCAGGCGGUCAUUGUCAGUGCUGCGGUUGGCGUGCUGACCUUCGCCAUCUUCUUCUGGAAAACUGUGCUCAGGGUCAAGAGGAGGGAGUAUCUUUUGGAUGAAAAACAGCUGGCCGAUCAAAUCCAAGCCCUUAAAAAGGAGAAAAAUGAUGCAAUGACCCGAAUGUCUGAACUCCAGAAACAAACUGCAGAGCUGAAAGAAACCCAAAAGGAGUCUGCAAAGACAGUUUGUAGUGCAUUGAAAAAGACACAAAAAUUGGAGAGUCAGGUUUUGGAGGCUGAAAAAAGGUAUGAGCGUAUGGUGGAAGAAAAGAAGACAUACCAAAAAUUAAUAGAUGAAGAAAAAGAAAACUCAAUUGAAAUUGGAAAUCGGAUGAAAAAAUUGGAGAAGUCAAACGAGAAGCUUGAGCUGAGCAGAAAGAAGGUUCAGGAAGCUUUAGCAAAGACGACCGUCCUCUUGGACGAGGCCAAGAUCCGAGAAGAUGCACGCAGUGUUCAGCACAAGUGUCUCGCGAAGGACUACGCAGGGGUGAAAGAAGAAAAUAAACAUCUUAAAGUAACCAUGAAAGAGUUGGAGGACAAACACGCGGCACUGAGUGAGCAGAUUAAAGUCUACCAGAAGGCUCAGAAAGAACUGGAGGACUCUGUGGUGCUCAAAGAUCACAACGUGGAGGUUUUGUCGGAGCUCCUGGCAGACCUCGACGCCUGCGAGCUGCAAAAAAGCGACGGCAAGGUCUUGGUGAAUGGCGAAAUCGUACCUGAUAAGAAGACUGCAGUGAAGAAUAGAAUCAAACAGAUGAUGGAUGUCUCCAGGGUCCAGACCACACUCGCAGUGAUCGAAGAGGAGCGGGACCGCUUCAUGUCCAAACUGCUUAACGAGGAAAAGAGUCGAAAGGCUCUUGAAGAGAAACACCAGGAGCUGGAACACGACAUCGCAACCCUCAAAAGUGAGAAGAGCCACGUGGAAAACCAGUUCAAGGUCCUCCAGCAGAAGAAUGAAAUCAUGGUGGAAAUGCACCAGCAAAAGGAAAAUGCUCUGCAGCAGAGGCUCACCAAGGAGGAGCUCGAGCGUCGUAGCAAAGAGAGCAUGCUGUCCGAGGUGGGAGGCAAAGCCGUGGAGGCAGAGGAGCAGGUCAAAGUUCUGCGUCAGCGCAUUAAUGAGAUGGAGGAGCAGAUGAAGAAGACUGAAGAAGUCUACAAAGAGCAGAUCAAAGAACAGGAAAACAAGACUCACACCAACUGGGUGAACGCUCGUAACGCAGAGCGGGCUUUGAAUCAAGAGAAACUUGAAUCAUCAAAGCUCCGCGAGAAGUUGGCCGGACUGACCUUGCAACUGAAUGAGCGCCGCGCUCCUCUCUUCAGACCCAACUCAGGACAAGCUGCUGGCGCUCACCAAGGCGAUUCUUACGGGCCCUCCCCAGUGAGUGGGGGCGCGCCCUCCCCGCCUUUAAUGAUCGAGGGUCCCAGGCGCCCUCCCUCGGCCCCAGUGGGGCGACGAAUUGACCCGUAUGCUCCACGACCUCCAUCGGACCCACACAGCCGUUAUCCUGGGAUGGACAUGUCAGGCCCGCGCAGUUCAUCACCUUCCAACAUGGAUGCUUCUUCGCAGGGUCCUGGAUCCUUCCUCGGAUCACCCAUCAGGGACUCGCCUGGCCACCUGAGUCAAGGACAGCCACCGCCCGGUCAUGGACUCCAUGAGCCGCUCUUCCCUGCCGGACCCCACGGCCGCUUGCCGCCGGGCGGUCCCUACAGACCUCUGAGACCGCCCCUCUACCACCCAGCACCAGGACCCCACAGCCACGCUCCGAACGUGCCUCUCCCGCCUCCUGGGCCUCCUCUGCCCGCCAACGGGCACCCGGGUAUGCCUCCGCCGGGGACGAUGGGAGGAGACUUUGGCCCCCGCCCCGCCAAUGGACACUCAUUCCACCCCCGGCCCGGUCCAGGCAACAUCAUAGAUCCUCGGGGUCCGCCACCGUUCCGUCCGCCUCAUUUUGGGCCGAUGCCACAUGGUCCCCGCGGACUCAUGGGCCUCCGCCCACCAUUCCCUCCUGACAUGCGGUUCCCGGGACCGCGCGAGCACAGCGGCCCCUCCGCCGACCUCCCCCCGGGUGUCCCGCCACACCUCGGUCACAACGAAGCCUUUGGCAACCGCCACAGCCCUGCAGGGGGGCCGCCCCCAAAGCGAGAGGCCUCUCAGGACUCGGCGAGGCCAACCAUGGUCGAGCCUUAAAAAAAAAAAUAUAUAUAUAUAUUAUUGGACCUGAACACUCCCCACAAACACGUCAUGUUACCCAAUAUUAAAUCCAUAUAUAGCUUGACUUUCAUAUUUAAGCCAUGAAAUAAAAAAAAAAAAACUGAAAUGUUAUUUAU